GUACGUCACAUCCGGUUUCGCCGUAGCUGAGGCUAGCUUGACGAACCAGCGUGUUGCUGUUGUGACGCGAGGCCAAAGAAGAUAAAGUUUCAAUGGAGCCUCAGAAGAAGCUGAUCAACUCUGUGGAGAGCUGUGUGGAUGAAGCUCUGUGCGGCCUGGUCAGGGCCUCUGGGGGCCUGUCUCUGCUGAGGGGCCACAGGGUGGUGGUCCGGUCCGACCUCCAGAGCCUGAGGGGGAAGGUGGCCCUGCUGUCUGGAGGGGGGUCGGGGCACGAACCCUCACACGGAGGUUACGUCGGUGCUGGAAUGCUGUCUGCGGCGGUGGCGGGAGCCGUGUUUGCGUCGCCGCCCCCUGCCAGCAUCCUGGCGGCUAUUCUCUGUCUGCACAAAGCAGGAGCGUCCGGCGUCCUCCUCAUCGUGAAGAACUACACUGGCGAUCGCCUCAACUUCGGCCUGGCGGCGGAGCAGGCGCGCAACCAGGGCGUGGCCGUCGACAUGGUGAUCGUAGCAGACGACUGCGCGUUCGAUCUGCCCAGCAAAGCCGGGAGGCGGGGCCUGUGCGGAACCGUCUUCAUUCAUAAGCUGGCCGGUGCUUUGGCGGAAGAAGGAUCCUCGCUGGAGCAGAUCGUCUCCAGAGUGACGGAGGUUCUGAAAGGGAUCGGGACUCUGGGGGUGAGUUUGUCCCCCUGCAGCGUUCCCGGCUGCCUGCCGUCCUUCCAGCUCCCGCCGGGAGACAUGGAGCUGGGACUGGGAAUCCACGGGGAGCCGGGCAUCAAAAGGUCAAAGGUGGCGUCUGCAGACCAGGUGGUGAAGACUAUGGUGGAUCACAUGACCAACCCCGACAGCCAGUCUCACCUGCCGCUGAAAGCAGGCGACUCGGUGGUUCUGUGCGUGAACAACUUGGGGGCGCUGUCCUGCCUGGAGAUGGCCGUGGUGACGCGGGCCGCCAUCGGCUGCCUGGAGAGCCGCGGCGUGCUGGUGGCGCGGGUCAUGUCCGGGUCCUUCAUGACGUCACUGGAGAUGGCGGGGAUGUCUCUGAGUCUGAUGAGGGCCGACGGCGAGGCGCUGCGGCUGUUUGAUGCAGAGACCAGCGCCCCCGCUUGGCCAAACCUCAGCCGGACGCCUGUGAGUGGGCGUGGCUUCACCACAGAGCCUCCGGUGAUGCGCACGCGGCCGCAGGAAGACUCGCAAGUGGAAGGCUCUCUGAGUCCGUUGAUGCGCCGCGCGCUGGAAAAGGUUUGCUCCGCCCUGCUGGACAAGCAGGAGGAGCUGAACUCUCUGGACCGCGCUUCAGGGGACGGAGACUGCGGGAACACCCACGCUCAGGCCGCCCGAGCCGUGCAGGAGUGGCUGCAGGGUCAUGUGGUUCCAGGUUGCCCCGGGCGACUGCUCUCCGUCCUCUCCGGAUUGGUCGAGGAGAAGAUGGGCGGGUCUUCGGGAGCGCUCUACAGCCUGUUCCUGACCGCCGCGGCUGGUCACGUGACCGAGGGCCAGAGCGACGCCGCCGCCUGGGCAAGAGCAGUGCAUGCUGGGACGCAGGCUAUGAGGAGGUACGGAGGUGCUGAUUCUGGAGACCGAACGAUGUUGGACGCUCUUUGUCCCGCUGCGGAGGAGCUGAUGAAGCUGACCACAGCCCCGCCUGGUGGACAGAAGGCGGUACUGCAUUCCGCUGUUCAGAAAGCGUCAUUGGGGGCCGAGGCGACCCGUCACAUGACCGCCAGAGCGGGGAGAGCCAGCUACAUCGCCGCCGACCGGGUCACCCUGCCGGACCCCGGCGCCGUGGCCGUGACCGCCAUCUUCAGAGCGGUUCUGGAAACUCUGGAGGAGCAGAAGUGAAAAAAAGAGGAGGAGUUUCUUCAGUUACCAUCGCAACAGAACUUUAUCUUUGAUUCCAGAAGGUUCUGAUGUCCAAACAGCAGGAAACACUCGGAUCCGACCAGAACUCCAACAGAUUAUGAAAAUAAAUCACACUUGGCGGUUUUCAGUCUAA